AUGUCAAGACCAGAGGAGCUUGCUCCACCAGAAGUGUUUUAUAAUGAUUCAGAGUCCUUUAAAUAUACGUCGUCGACACGUGUGCAGCACAUUCAAGCCAAAAUGACUUUACGUGCGUUGGAACUUUUAAACUUGGAAAAAGAUGCACCACAAUUUAUACUUGAUCUUGGAUGUGGUUCAGGCUUAUCAGGAGAGAUUUUAACAGAAGAAGGAUAUGAUUGGAUAGGAAUGGAUAUAUCGCCAAGCAUGUUGGCAACUGGUCUAGAUCGGGAUGUUGAAGGAGAUUUAUUCCUUGCUGAUUUAGGUAAUGGGAUACCAUUUCGUGCCGGUACAUUUGAUGCAGCCAUAUCUAUAUCAGCUAUUCAAUGGCUAUGUAAUGCCGACUCUGCAAAUGCCGAUCCCAAAAAAAGACUAUUACUAUUUUUCAAUACCUUGUAUGCAUCAUUGAAACGAGGUGGUAAAUUUGUGGCUCAAUUUUAUCCCAUGAAUGAUUCACAAACUGAAAGUAUAAUGAGUGCUGCAAAAUUGGCUGGGUUUGGUGGUGGAUUGAUCAUAGAUGAGCCGGAGCUGAAACGUAAUAAGAAGUAUUACUUGGUUUUGACUGCAGGUUUGGCCGAACGUAAUAUAAAUUUGGCUGGUGCUGAAAUGGAAGCUCCUGAAGAAAAGAGUCUGAAAUUGAAUAGGAAAAAGAGGAAAUUGAUGGAGACGAGAAAGGAGUACAUCAAUAGAAAGAAGGAGACAAUGAGAAAGAGAGGUCGUAUGGUUGCUGAAGAUUCCAAAUUCACGGGUCGUAAGAGAAAGCCAAGGUUUUAA